GUGGCACCCGGCCACCUUCUCCCUACGGCUGCUGGGCGGCUGCAUUCGCCUUGCUGCGCCCCGCCGGGCUGCGGUCCCGUCCGCCGCAGCCCCCCGCCCGCCGGCCCUGCUUCGGGCGUGUGCUGCGGGAGGAGCUCUGCGGCGACAGACCCAGCCGGGAACCCACCCUGCAGGGACGCGCCGCUUGUGGGAAGCCCGCUGCUUCUGGCUUUUCGAAGGGGCAGAGAACAGGGCACGGGGUGCAGCCUGUCUCCACGGGGCCGUCCGGCAGGUGCGCGGGUGUGGGGAACCGCGCUGCUCCCCGUAAUCUCCAGAGCAAGGCCCUUGCCUGAAUGUCAUGCUUGUAAACGAGAGGUAAACCUGCUAAAUAGCCAGAGCUAGACCCAGCAACCGAUUGAUGGAGGUGUGCAGCAAAAUGGGUUGAGUGCAGAGCUACCUUAAUCUACUUUUAGCUGUUGCACUGUCUUCACUUCUGCUUCAGAGAGAACGAAGUGGCUAAAUGGGUUGGUUAAGUCGGCAGAGAAGAACAGACAGCCUCUGGUGGAGUUCUGUUUUCAUCAUGUUGUCUCACCGUUGCUGGCUGAGCUGAAACUUCCUGCAUCUUGGGGAGAGCAUGUAUAAAAGGAAUGACUUCAUGGCCAAUGUGAUGGUCACCUCCGCCACUCCAGAGGGUAACAGCAGCUCAGAUUCUCUGGAAGGGCGGAGUUCAGAUUAUGCCAACAAAAGCUACGAUGCAGUUGUAUUUGAUGUGUUGAAAGUAACUCCUGAGGAGUUUGCUAGCCAGAUUACACUGAUGGAUAUGCCAGUAUUUAAAGCUAUACAGCCUGAGGAACUAGCCAGUUGUGGAUGGAACAAGAAGGAAAAACAUAUCCUUGCUCCAAAUAUUGUUGCCUUUACCAGGAGGUUUAACCAGGUCAGUUUUUGGGUUGUACGAGAAAUACUAACAGCACAGACCCUAAAGAUACGAGCAGAAAUAUUGAGCCAUUUUGUGAAGAUAGCUAAAAAGCUUCUGGAACUGAAUAACCUUCAUUCACUGAUGUCUGUGGUGUCAGCAUUGCAAAGUGCACCUAUCUUCAGACUGACCAAAACCUGGGCUCUUUUGAAUCGCAAAGACAAGGCCACCUUUGAGAAGUUAGACUAUUUACUCUCCAAGGAAGAUAAUUACAAAAGGACACGAGAGUACAUCAGAAGCUUAAAAAUGGUUCCUACUAUUCCAUAUUUAGGCAUUUAUCUCCUGGAUUUAAUCUACAUUGAUUCGGCAUAUCCCGCUUCAGGCAGCAUUAUGGAGAACGAACAAAGAUCCAAUCAGAUGAACAAUAUUCUCCGAAUAAUAGCUGAUCUGCAAGUCUCCUGUAACUAUGAUCAUCUUACAACACUGCCUCAUGUGCAAAAGUAUUUGAAGUCUGUCCGCUACAUUGAAGAACUUCAGAAGUUUGUAGAAGAUGACAAUUAUAAAUUAUCAUUAAGAAUUGAGCCAGGUAACAGCUCUCCUCGUCUGGUUUCCUCCAAAGAAGAUCUUGCAGGUCCAUCUGAUGUGUCAGCAAUUAUGAAAUUCAGCAGGAGACCCACGUGUCCUGAUGCCUCAGUAGCAGCAAGUCUACCUACACCUCCUGUACCAAGGCACAGGAAGAGUCACAGCCUGGGAAACAACAUGAUGUGUCAGUUCAGCGUCGUGGAGAGCAAAAGUGCAACGUUCCCGACAGAGAAGCCACGCCAUCUCCUGGAUGACAGUGUCCUGGAGUCACACAGCCCAGCCCGCAGCCACCCGCUCAGCUCGCUCUUCACCAACGGCCUCUCCAUAGAUAGCAGUGAAAGCUCAGAAUUUAGUGAGGAGCUGCCGUCAGGGCUUGAAAGGGGUCGUUUAUAUGCCACGCUGGGGCCUAACUGGAGGGUACCGAUCCGGAAUUCUCCUAGGAGUCGAAGCUGUGUCUACAGCCCAACAGGGGCGGCCUGCAGCUGCACAUUAGGUAGUUCCACAGGAGUCAUUACCAUAGAAGGGCCCUUGAGAAGAAAAACAUUGCUCAAAGAAGGCAAGAAGCCUACUCUCUCCUCAUGGACUAGAUACUGGGUUAUGCUUUCAGGAUCAACUCUUCUGUACUUUGGAGCAAAAUCUUUAAGAGGCACUGAAAGAAAACAUUAUAAAUCUACACCUGGUAAAAAGGUCUCCAUUGUGGACUGGAUGGUGGCACUGCCUGACGACCCUGAGCAUCCUGAUAUUUUCCAGCUAAAUAACCCUGACAAAGGCAAUGUUUACAAGUUCCAGACUGGUUCAAGGUUUCAUGCAAUAUUAUGGCAUAAGCAUUUGGAUGAUGCAUGCAAAAGCAACAAGCCUCAGGUACCUGCUAAUCUGAUGUCGUUUGAAUAAUCUGCUCUCCUGCCUGAUGUGACUUCAAGUGCCAAACUGAAGGCUGUUGUUCUCUAAGGAGGAAGAGGAGAAUGGUUUUCCUGACAUGAGCCAGCCACAAAUAUUUCAGCACUUUCCUGUGUAACUUGAAAGUGAUUCUGACACAGCUUUUAAAAGCAGAAAGUGAAUGUUGUCCUUAGGACCAGAUGUAGUCUCAUGCACUGAGUGAAAACAGACAAGUUAGAUGGACAGAAGAUCAAUCCUGACUCCUGCAGGAUUCUAGAGCCCAUGACUCUUUGUGGUCACAGACUGCUGUGGACUGAUGUUUGACCACAAACUGAGCAUCACAUCUUCUGCCUAUUCUUUUUUAAACGGUUCUUUUUAUCGUUAAGCUGCUUUGUGUGACUGAACAAUAUUUGGCCCAUGUUGGGUUUCAGUUCUUUCUAAUGCACAGAAUGACUGACAGUGUUAACUUGCUGCAAAGUGUCAAUUAGAAUAGAGAAUUGUGGAACAACAUUUUUAUAAUCUUAAGUGCACUGAGUUGCUUGGCAAUGUGGCUGCCUCAGAUUUUGUAUCAAAUCUCUGGACAAUUCUGCUGUUCACAUUUGAGCUAUUUGGGAAGAAUGAAUUUUGGCACAGGACAGUUGGUUUUAUUUUCAUUCAGUUGCUUGGGGAUGCUCUGACAGUGGAUUUAAGGCCAUUUAUGUUGUGCUUAAAGGUGUCUUUCAUUCUCUUACUAGAGGCAUAGUUGUUUACAAGUUUGGGUUUUUCUUCAGUCUGAAUGUUGCUCAUCUGAAAUGCCUUCAUAGAGUGAAGCAGGAUCUUAUGUAUCACAAGGUCCUGGCUCCUCAGGAGGAUUCCAGGUUGCUGUUCCUGGUCUGUCUUUCUCUGGCUGACUCAGCUCCACUCAAUGCCAGUGCCUGAUGCACCUUUAUGACACACAGCACUAGCACAUGGUACUGCUGUUGUGGAAUCAUGAUGGCAGUGGAAGCUAGGGAGGACUGACAGUGGAGCAAGUUCAAAAAGCCUCCACAAAAGUGUCUGGAGAACAACAGAAAAUAUGAAUGUAACUGAGCCUUCUCCUCUGACAGAACUCUCUACACCCAUAGCUGUAUCCCUGCUGUGACCUAGCACUCUGUAGUCAGUUUUUUUUCUGUUCCUAAGCUAAGUUCAGCACUUAGUUUGAAACUCUUUUGCCAUAAGGCAGCAGUAUUCAGAAUUCCUCCAGAAAACCUUGUCAGAUUUCCCAAGAUUGCCUAGAGGAGAAAUUUGAAGUCAGCCUGUAGCUUAGCCACUGUGGAAAGCUGGAAGGCAGUUUAAUUGAACAGAGCCUGUGUUAGAACAAGCUCCCUGGCAUGAGGAGCUUUUAUUCUGUGGGCUUGCACGACUUUCUAAAUUCUGGGUUUGAAACUCCUCUAAUAACAACCACCCACAAAUACCUGUUCUGUUAAAUGUGGGUCAGGCACUGUGUGAUAGUCCAGGUGUUCACAUUACAGUCCAUGGAAUGAAGGCUGACACAGGACCAGCUUUUCAAGUAAAGCACCUCCUGACAACUGCAGUUUCAUUCUGGGACAUGUGAAAGUGUAAAUUGUUGGAGAGUUUGAUAGCUCAGGAAUGGUGUGAGAACAGUGCUAAUGCAAAAUACAUUUCUGAUUUUCCCCCUCCUUUUUUGCUAAAUUAAGACACUUUGAUCUAGGAACAACAUCAACAUCUGCAAGUGCAGAGCAUCCAAUGCCAUUAGAGACCAUGAAGAAGCUUUUGAAUGCAGUAAAAUCCUGUCACAAGUAAAUGACUUCAGACUGUCAGAACCUGGUAGCAUCUGAAUUGAUUUCACCUGUGGGCUUCUGUGAUUAGUUACCAGUGAGGUUAUUCAUGAAGAUGCAGGCAUUACAUGAAUUGCCAUUCUAAUGGCUGUGCCCCCUGUGACCAUGUCUGUUGUGUGUUAGAGUGCUCAUCAGGUUUGAAUCAUGUGCAGAAGGGUGACCAAACUGAUAACACACUAACCAGAACAGAACUGCUCAAGGAGGGUUUUUAAUGGAACUUUACUAGUAGCCCUUUCCCCUUGAGAAAGGAAUAACCUGAUCUGUCUUCAACAUAAGUGAGCUUUAAUAUGGAACCCUUACAGGCAUGAAAUGAACUUAUAUUAGAAGCACAUAAAUACUUUGUCAUUCCUGAUGUGAUGUGGAAGUGAACACCAGUGAGGACUUGAGACGUUUCUCAGCAUUUUGUAACUGAGAUAAGCUAAUGAAUGCUGUAACCAUGUCCAGUUAUGCUUAACAAGGCUUUCUUGGAAGGAACAGUAAGUGCUAACUGACACAGCAGCAGUGGAAUGAGCCCGUACAGCUGGAAUUUAAUGGUUGUUAGAAUUUAAGGGUCUCUAAAGCAUUAUAAAUGUUAUUGUAUGUACAAAAGGUAGUCUUCCAGCCUUGAAAAAUACACUCCUGCUCAAAACUAUGGCCCAUAGAUCCUCUUGGAGAAGCCACAGAAGUGUCCAUUUUCCCUCUUGUAAAAUAGAUACCCAGCAGAAUGGAAACAUCUUUGCCAGAAACGCUGAUGGGCCCCAAACCAGUGUGGCAGGAAGGAAAGGCAACACCUGUGAAUUACUCUUACACCAAAUACCACUGGCAGAAGAUCAAUCUGCAGAGAAUGAAACCCUUCAGUUCUACACAAUCCUUAAGCUCAAAGCCUACUCAGAACCUUGGAGUUUGGAAAAUAUGUCAAAAUUAACUUGACCUCCCUAGCACUGGUGGUUUAUUUGAAUGUAAAAAGAAUUAUAGAGAGAAAGAUGAACACAGCCAGUAGUAGUUUUACACAACAAUCAGGUAAGCCUCUGUCCCUACAGUACCGUUGUGAAAUUGCUGCUAAACAGGAACUCAUUCAGAAUGAUGGCAGUGUAAGAAUAUCAUUAAAAUACCUUAAACCAAUUCUAAAGGAGGAUUUCAAGCACUAAACAGUUCAUAGCUGCCCAUUUCAAGUUUUAUGCCACCAUCUUCUAGCCAUUUGCUGUCAUCUGGUACUUUCAAAGCUGCUGCUGAAGUACAACACACUACACAUCAGUGCCCCCAGAAGGACCCCAAACCAUACAGGUUCUGCUCCAUCAGGGAGAAUAACUGCCCUAGCUGCAUGAAAACAAACAGCAUCUCAGAACUCCUUUCAGAAUUGGGAAGAUAAACCAAUGUCUGUAGGCCAUUAUCAGUCACUUGCUGGUGUGCAGUGCUGAUGUAACUCAGUGCCAAAAUGCAUGGUUUUCCAAAUAGCACUAAAACGAGGCAAAGAGAAGUAGUUUCCAGGCGGCGACUUCUUCGUCACAUCAUGUAAACUGAUUUCAACGUUUUGGUUUGGUUUGUGUGAAAACUGUUGCACUAUUUUUGGCUGUGUUUUCCAGCAGUCCACUGCAUGCCAUUUGUGUAAGGAUUCUUUCUAUGGUUCUUGUGAACUGUCUCACCCAUAAAAAAAAAAAAGAAACCAACCUUAACCCUGGCGUUGGAAUCUUAGGUUUUUGGCAAAAGUAUUUUGUUACCUCAGUCUUGUAUCUCGAGUUGCUGUAUUUUUCAGUUUGUUACAUUGAUAAUGAUUGUUUCACUAAUUAAAUACUUUAAUGUAAAAAAAAGAAAAAAAAAAAACAGAAAAAGGGGGGGGAAGGAUUGUUUACUUCACCUGCAGUUGCAUUUGGUUGUAAGUUUAAAAAUGUGCAGAGUACGUGUGCUCUUAACAAUAAAAUCUUCUGGAAAA